CGCUGACGGUGUCGCUUCUGCCCUCGACCCCAUAACUGAAACCGCCGGAGAAAGAGAAGGAUGUUCACGUUUUAUGUGCUUUUGGUUCUUCUCUUCAGAGUCUCUGGCACUCUGCUCUCUGCAAACCGCGGCCACAAUGUGACUUUACCGUGUUUCUAUGGCUCCAGUGCCAGAAAUCUGUGCUGGUACAAGCAGGUUGCGGGGGAGCAACCUCAAAUCAUAUCCUCUUUCUACAAACAUUCACCUGACUCCAACAAAUUCCACAACCAGUUCCAAGGCAACAAACGCUUUUCAGUUCGUAGUGGCGAAGGGUUCUACCAUCUGAACAUAUUUAAUGUCCGGGACUCCGAUUCAGCUAUGUACUACUGUGGACACACCACUGUUACAGUCACUGAAUUUAUCAACGCAACAUUUUUGAUUUUAAAAGAGUCCAGUCGAAGCACUUUCCUCCAGCAGCCGGCGUCCGACUCUGUGAAGCCGGGCGAAUCGGUGACUCUGAACUGCACGCUGCACACUGGGACCAGUGACACAGAACACAGCGUUUACUGGUUCAAAAGGGAGAAUUCAAGAGACUCCCACUUGGGAAUUAUGUACGUCGACACACACAGCCGCAGUCAGUGUGAACAGAGCCUGGGGCCGGAGAUUCCCGCACGGGGCUGCGUGCACACUUUAUCAAAGAGGAAUGCGAGCGUGUUGGAUGCUGGGACGUACUACUGUGCUGUGGCUUCAUGUGGAGAGAUACUGUUUGGGAAAGGAACAAGACUGGAUGUUGGAGAGAAACAGGAUGACAUUUCCCCUGUCUUCAUGGAUUGCAUGGUUGCAGCUCUGCUUGUGUCCGUUUUCUUGAACAUCAUCCUAAUUGGCAUCGUCUGCAAAAUGUCCAGGAGAAAAUGUCCUCAUUCUGAAGAGCUGCAACCCCACUCGAGUGUCCCAGAAAACACUGCCAACAGCCAGAGUGAGGAAUCUGAUGCUCCGCAGUACGUAGCUCUGGACUUCAAAGAGAUGCAAGGCAAGAGCAGGAGACGGAGGAGCACAGAAGAGGAGACCAUUUACUCUGGAGUUAAACUGUCAGAGCUGAAGUGAUUGUUACCGUUUCAAGCCGGG